AUGAAACGGGCCGGACUUCAUGUCUUCAAGGUAAGGAAGGCAACUAACCGAACCGAUAAACAGAAUACGGUGGCCAAAUCCCGCGCCAAUAAGCUGUACCACGAGGGGUUGAUGCAGCCGAAAUGCAUCGUAAUGGACGACGAUACGUACAUUAAAGCGGACGCCAACCUAGACGCUCAAGUGAAGAGAUUCUGGGAAGUGGAAGACUUCGACCACGGCAAGACUUUCACGGCCGAAGAACAACGAUGUGAAACUCACUUUGCCAAAACUCACACCCGCAACGCUGAGGGACACUAUGUGGUCCGUCUACCAGUUCGCCAAGAGAUGUUACCUCUCAUCGGGGAGACAUGGCCAAUGGCCGCUCGACGAUUCACCGCUGUGGAGAAACGCUUUCGGACCGAUGAUGCUCUUCGUACAAGCUACGUGCAGUUCAUGGACGAGUACCAACAACUCGGCCAUAUGGAGGAGGUGAAGACGCGCGUCGCGUUGCCCCAGUUUUUCUUGCCCCAUCACGCAAUUCAUCGUCCCGAUUCGUCUACAACCAAGAUAAGAGUCGUGUUCUAUGGCUCGGCCAAAAGCAGCAAUCAGCUCUCCUUGAACGACCUUCUGUUAACAGGACCAACAGUUCAGCCUUCAAUGUUGUGCAUCGUCAUCAACUCUCGUUUCCACCGAUUUGUCAUGAAAGCAGACGUGGAGAAAAUGUAUCGUCAGGCUUUGGUUCAUCCGGACGAUCGACUACUACAGCAAGUUGCUUGGCGCAGAAAGGAGUCAGAGCCACUGAAAACCUACUGUUUGAACACCGUCACCUACGGCACAUCUUGUGCUCCAUAUCUGGCAACCUGGGUCCUAAAUCAGUUAGCUGACGAUGAAGGGCAUGACUUUCCACUGGCUGCCUCCAUUGUCAAGAAGGACUUUUAUGUUGAUGAUGUCUUGACCGGAGCCGACAGCAUCGAAACACUAGUCGACACAAGCACCCAACUGGACGGCCUCCUAAAGAGAGGUGGUUUCAAUCUGCGCAAGUGGAGCGCGAACCAUCCUAGUAUCCUGGAACACUUCCCAGACGACCUCAAGGAGAAUCAACCGUCUCUAGAGCUUGAUCGCACCUCAUCCAUCAAAACACUUGGUCUCUUAUGGUCCCCGGAAAACGACGAUUUUGCGUUCAAAGUUCCUGAUCUUCCACAACUACAACGAGUUACAAAACGCAUUGUCCUGUCGGAGAUGUCGCAGCUUUUCGACCCUUUGGGUCUCAUCGGUCCAGUAGUCGCCAGUGCGAAGAUGUUCGUUCAGCGGCUAUGGCAGGAGCAACUGAAUUGGGACGAUGGACUUCCGGAGACUCUUCAAUCUUGGUGGCUGUCCUUUCGAGAAUCGAGAACCCAUUCGUGGACGUUGAGGAAAUCCGUUGACAAGAAUCCCAAAACUUGGAUCACCAUCCAGGAGCUACUGGAGGCGGAAUGGAUGACGCAGGAAAUCAACUCGUCACAGUUCAAUUUUCCCAAAACCGUCCCCAGCCAACUGUACGAAAUCAAUCCGUAG